AUGUCUGCGACGGCCGCGUCGUUCCCUGUGACACGCGCGCGUGUGGACCUCCAACGCAAGGUGGGUCUUGCAAACGCGGUGGCGCAGGGCCGGUUGCCGUGCCACGUGGGAAUCAUGAGCGAGAGUGAUCUCAACGCCAUACGAGGGAUUGCGAACGCAGACGAGGGUGCAUAUGACGCUUACCGGCGACAGGAAGAUGCGCGUCGGCGGGAGGCGUCCGCCGCACGCACGGCGUUGUGGCCGGACACUAUGCAAGCGAAACAAGAGAAAUUUAUUCGCCGUCACAAAGAAGCUAAGCUGGACGAGGAGCGUCGUGCGAACCUUCUUCUGGAGAUGGAAGCGCAGCUGCAGGCAGAGGAGCGGAAACAGCGGCAGGCUCAAUUAGCCUUGAAGUACUUGAAGGAGGACCCACGUGGACGCAAUGUGCGUAGUGUGACGAUGCUGCACGAGGCGAUAAAGGACCGUGAGGCACAGAUAGCCUUUAAGAAUGAGCUUAAGCGACAGGAAGAAGUAAACGCAAAGGAGGAGCAGGAGCUCCUUCAGCGGGAGCAGAACAGAAACCAUGAAAGAGAAGAAAAGGAGAAGUUUGCGCAACGCGCACGCAAUGUGGAGGAGAAAAAUUCUCACCUGCAGCAGAUGCUCUUCCAGAUUGCGGAGCGAAAGAAGAUGCGAGCGGAGCAGAAGGAGAUGCUUGCGGACGUGAAUCGGGGAGCAGAGGAGGAGAUCCAGGAUAAUCUGGAGGAGGCAAGGGUGCAGCGAGAAAAGAUAGUCGCUGUGCAUGAGUACAACCGUAGUAUUGCCCAGCCGCCACUCACCAAACACGAUAGGCUCCGGCAGCGUAUUAAACGUGAGGAGGGGGAUGAUGCCGCACGCGCUCUUCAGGACGAGAAGGUUGACGCCAUGAAGCGAGUUCCGAUGGAGCGGCUGAAGAAGAAACAGCAGUGGUUUGAUCAGUGUAAGGAGCGAGCUCAGCUUGCCUUUGCGAAGGAGAAUGAGGAAAUGCAGCACAAGGAGCGCACACAGAGUGUAUUUGAACGGUGUGGCACGAAUCUGAUGGUAAACAUGGCUGCUGAUGAGGAACGUCGAAAGCAGGAGGCGUUGGAGGAGCGGCACCGUCGCAGGGAAGAGUUCUUGCGUGCGGCGAAUGGUGAGGUGGAGGAACUGCCGGAAGGAGUACGACGGGCGGCAACACACUGCGCCGGCUUCAUGAAUGAAGAAGAGGCACGGGAGUACCAGAAGGAGAUGCAAACCCAUCCGGCACGUGUCUUGGCAGAGCAAAAAGCAGAGGCAGCGAAGCGGCGCGAGGAAGCAGAACUUCUGCAGCAUAUUCAUCGCUUACAGGCGUCGGAGAAGAAGGAGAAUGAUCGGCGUGAGGCGGAGGAAUUAGUAGAGGCUAGACGACGGCAAAAAGAGGCGAUGGAGGAAGACGACGAACUGUAUCGCGCGUACGUCAAGUCACAGCUACCAUCUGACAUGGAUCCGUAUUUGUACGCAAAGGCCAUGAAUCUACACACUUAA